GCGCGGGGCAGCUCCGUAGCGGCCGCUGCGGGCUGGCCGGCUGGCCAUGGAGGCGGAUGGGGCCGGCGAGCAGAUGAGACCGCUACUCACCCGGGGUCCUGAUGAGGAAGCUGUUGUGGAUCUUGGCAAGACCAGCUCAACGGUGAACACCAAGUUUGAAAAAGAAGAACUAGAAAGUCAUCGAGCUGUUUAUAUUGGUGUUCACGUCCCGUUUAGUAAAGAGAGUCGUCGGCGUCAUAGGCACCGUGGACACAAACAUCACCACCGGAGGAGAAAAGAUAAAGAAUCAGAUAAAGAAGAUGGACGGGAGUCUCCUUCUUAUGACACACCAUCCCAAAGAGUUCAGUUCAUCCUCGGUACUGAGGACGACGAUGAGGAACACAUUCCGCACGAUCUCUUCACGGAGAUGGACGAGCUCUGUUACAGAGAUGGAGAAGAGUACGAGUGGAAAGAAACCGCCAGGUGGCUGAAAUUUGAAGAGGAUGUUGAAGAUGGCGGCGACCGAUGGAGUAAACCUUAUGUGGCAACUCUCUCUCUGCAUAGUCUUUUUGAAUUAAGAAGUUGCAUCUUAAAUGGAACAGUCAUGCUGGAUAUGAGAGCAAGCACUCUAGAUGAAAUUGCAGAUAUGGUAUUGGACAACAUGAUAGCCUCUGGCCAACUGGAUGAGUCCAUAAGAGAAAAUGUCAGAGAAGCUCUUUUGAAGAGACAUCAUCAUCAGAAUGAGAAAAGAUUCACCAGUCGGAUUCCCCUUGUGCGAUCUUUUGCAGAUAUAGGCAAGAAACAUUCUGACCCUCACUUGCUUGAAAGGAAUGGGGAAGGCCUGUCAGCCUCCCGGCACUCUUUGCGAACAGGCCUGUCUGCCUCAAACCUUUCCCUGAGAGGAGAGUCGCCUUUCUCCCUUCUUCUCAGUCAUCUUCUUCCUUCUUCAAGAGCUGAAAGCCCUGCAGGCUCAAGGUGUACAACCCCAGUACCCACCCCCCAGAACAGCCCUCCUUCCAGCCCUGGCGCCAGCCGCCUGACCUCCAGAAGCUCCCAACAGAGUGAGCCUCGGGCCCCCGAGCUCCUGGUCUCACCCGGCCGCAGUGGUGUCCCCACAGUAGUAAUUCAUCCGCCCGAGGAAGACUUAGCAGCACUGAAAGGCCAGGAGCAGAAGGCUGAGGACAAUGUUGGCAUGACUUCAGGUAUUUUGGCCUCUCCACAGUCUGCCCCUGGAAACUUGGACAAUAGUAAAAGUGGAGAAAUUAAAGGUAAUGGAAGUGGAGGAAGCAGAGAAAAUAGUACUGUUGACUUCAGCAAGGUUGAUAUGAAUUUCAUGAGAAAAAUUCCUUCGGGAGCCGAGGCAUCCAAUGUUCUGGUGGGAGAAGUAGACUUUCUGGAAAGACCUAUAAUUGCGUUUGUGAGACUGGCCCCUGCUGUUCUCCUCUCGGGGUUGACUGAGGUCCCUGUUCCUACCAGGUUUCUGUUCCUGCUAUUGGGUCCAGCAGGCAAGGCACCACAGUACCAUGAAAUUGGAAGAUCAAUAGCCACUCUCAUGACAGAUGAGAUUUUUCAUGAUGUAGCCUAUAAAGCAAAAGACAGAAACGACCUCUUAUCUGGAAUUGAUGAAUUUUUAGAUCAAGUAACUGUCCUACCUCCAGGAGAGUGGGACCCUUCUAUACGCAUAGAGCCACCAAAAAGUGUUCCUUCUCAGGAAAAGAGAAAGAUUCCUGUGUUUCCCAAUGGGUCUGCCCCCAGCUCUGGUGAGACACCAAACGAGGCCGCCCACCAUGCUGGGCCUGAGCUACAAAGGACUGGACGGCUUUUUGGUGGUUUGAUACUUGACAUCAAAAGGAAAGCACCUUUUUUCUUGAGUGACUUCAAGGAUGCAUUAAGUCUGCAGUGCCUGGCCUCGAUUCUUUUCCUAUACUGUGCCUGUAUGUCUCCUGUAAUCACUUUUGGAGGGCUGCUUGGAGAAGCUACAGAAGGCAGAAUAAGUGCAAUAGAGUCUCUUUUUGGAGCAUCAUUAACUGGGAUUGCCUAUUCGUUGUUUGCUGGGCAACCUCUAACAAUAUUGGGGAGCACAGGUCCAGUUUUAGUGUUUGAAAAAAUUUUAUUUAAGUUCUGCAGAGAUUAUCAGCUUUCCUAUCUGUCUUUAAGAACCAGUAUUGGUCUGUGGACUUCUUUCUUGUGCAUUGUUUUGGUUGCAACAGAUGCGAGCAGCCUUGUGUGCUAUAUUACCCGAUUUACAGAGGAGGCUUUUGCAGCUCUUAUUUGCAUCAUAUUCAUCUACGAGGCUUUGGAGAAGCUCUUUCAUUUAGGAGAAAUAUAUGCAUUUAAUAUGCACAACAACUUAGAUGAACUGACCAGCUACUCAUGUGUAUGUGUUGAACCUUCCAACCCUGGCAAUGAAACCCUCAAGGUGUGGAAGGAAAAGAAUUUAACGGCACAGGAUAUUUCCUGGGGAAAUCUCACUGUUUCUGAAUGUAAAACCUUUCAUGGUAUGUUUGUAGGAUCAGCGUGUGGUCUUCAUGGACCUUAUAUUCCAGAUGUGCUUUUUUGGAGUGUCAUCUUAUUUUUCACAACAUUUUUCCUGUCUUCAUUCCUCAAGCAAUUUAAGACCAAGCGGUAUUUUCCUACCAAGGUGCGAUCGACAAUCAGUGACUUUGCUGUAUUUCUCACAAUAGUAAUAAUGGUUGCAAUUGACUACCUUGUAGGAGUUCCAUCUCCUAAACUUCAUGUUCCUGAAAAAUUUGAGCCUACUGACCCAAGUAGGGGCUGGAUCAUAAGCCCGUUGGGAGAAAAUCCUUGGUGGACUUUAUUAAUAGCUGCCAUACCAGCUCUGCUUUGUACCAUUCUCAUCUUUAUGGAUCAACAAAUUACAGCUGUCAUCAUAAACAGAAAGGAGCACAAGUUGAAGAAAGGAGCUGGGUAUCACCUUGAUUUGCUCAUGGUUGGCAUUAUGUUGGGCGUCUGCUCUGUCAUGGGACUUCCGUGGUUUGUGGCUGCAACCGUGUUAUCAAUAAGUCACGUCAACAGCUUAAAAGUUGAAUCUGAAUGUUCUGCUCCAGGGGAACAACCCAAGUUUUUGGGAAUUCGUGAACAGCGAGUUACAGGGCUAAUGAUUUUUAUUCUCAUGGGCCUGUCUGUGUUCAUGACUUCAGUGCUAAAGUUUAUCCCAAUGCCCGUCCUCUAUGGUGUUUUCCUUUACAUGGGAGUUUCCUCAUUAAAAGGAAUCCAGUUUUUCGACCGUAUAAAAUUAUUUGGAAUGCCUGCUAAGCAUCAGCCUGAUCUGAUAUACCUUCGUUACGUGCCCCUCUGGAAGGUCCAUAUCUUCACAGUCAUUCAACUUACUUGUCUGGUUCUUUUGUGGGUGAUAAAAGCCUCAGCUGCUGCGGUAGUUUUCCCCAUGAUGGUCCUUGCAUUAGUUUUUGUACGCAAGCUCAUGGAUCUGUGCUUCACAAAGAGAGAACUUAGUUGGCUUGAUGAUCUCAUGCCAGAAAGUAAGAAAAAGAAAGAAGAUGACAAAAAGAAAAAAGAGAAAGAGGAAGCAGAGCGGAUGCUUCAGGCUGGUGACGACACUGUGCACCUUCCAUUUGAAGGGGGAAGUCUCCUACAGAUUCCGGUUAAGGCCCUAAAAUACAGUGUUGAUCCCUCAGUUGUUAACAUAUCAGAUGAAAUGGCCAAAACUGCACAGUGGAAGGCACUUUCCAUGAAUACUGAGAAUGCCAAAGUAACCAGAUCUAACACGAGCCCUGAAAAACCUGUCAGUGUGAAAAUAAAUUUUGAAGAUGAACCAACAAAGAAAUACAUGGAUGCUGAAACUUCGUUAUAGAAUUGAACCAAGAGGAAUUAUAUAUAUAGCUAUCCAGAUAUAUAUAUACAUAUAUAUAUAAUGUGUGUAUUUCAUGUCACUAUAUAUAACAAUAUUGUAUGUCAUGCUAUUUAUGCAUGACUAUUGAGUUUUUGAAGUAGUGUCUGAAGUUUGUUAGGAACACCAUGGAGACUGUGUGUAUAAUGAAAUAGUCUCUUAGAAAUGAGGUACCUGGUUCUUACUCUUCAAAUAUUUAUUUUGUUGGAAAAAAAAUGUUCUGUUCUGCAGUAAAAACAUGUGGGGAAAUGCAUUCAUUCUGCUUUCCUUUAAAUCCAUUCAUCAGUGGCCAUUCAUACCAAUCUUAAAUGACAUACUUUGUCCAUAUAUUUAUAAUUUUUACUUGAGUUACUAAAAGUCUGUGCUUAUUAUUUCGCUUCUGUUAGUUCUUUAUGGGAAGAACAGGGAGUCUUUAUGCUAGUGUUGUGGGACAAAUGUAACAUGUUAUGGCUUCUCUGCACGUGUGUUUCAUUUAUGCACAUAUCUGUAUGUUUUACAAGCAGUGGAGAUUUCUUGGUUAUAAAGGUAGAACAAUAGAAAUUUUCCAGCUAAGAACUAUAGUUUUGACAUUUAUGUUAUUAAAACUUAUUUUAAAUCUUAAACCUCCACAUCCUAGGUUUCUAUUCCGAUACACAAGUAAAAUUGUAGGUGAUUUUAUCAUUUAACCCUGUACCGGUCAUAACUUUAUGGAUUUUAGAAGCUAUGAAAUGCACAUUUAUAGUAGUUAAAUUUUGUUGUCUUUGUAGAAAUAUUUUCUGAAUCCUAAUGCUUUAUCAGAGCCCAGAGUGCCCACUCUGUUCUCUGCCUUUGCUGUUUUUUACUUAAAAUGUGGUUUAGUUUGUAUCAGGUUCAAGUCCUUGAUUAUUUUUCUAUUACAAGUAAUAUGAUUAAAUAAUCAGGAGUCAGAAUUCUCUUACUGGGUUUGUGAUCAGUAUUACUUUAUUCUAAAGAAUUACCUUUCACUUUCUUGUUUACGUUGUUACUCUUUCUGUUGUAUAGAUA